UCCUUACCCCACACACUCUCAGCGCGACCACAGGCAAUCUACCAACAUACAACAGCCACAAUCUAGAGACCGCUUGCUGGCUCAGGAAUUAACACCUUGAUAAAAUCCCAAGUAUCACACCCAAGCGCCCAAAAUGGCGACAAGCCCUCCCUCACCGGGCGUCCCGAGGUCAGGCUCGGCCUCGCCUGCUCCAGCAACCAUCCCGGACCGUCCAGCCUCUCCCGAGAUACCUCUAACCAUGUCCGCCUCAGCUAUCCUUACGGCUCAACCACGCGACGUGGCCUCCGCCCUGGCCAGUGCCGGCGAGUACCCGUCGGAUAAGGUCGUCGUCAAGUUCAAGGCUGUCGGGAACGCCCCUGCCCUCACCCGGGGCGUGGCCAAAAUCUCCUCCACCCAGACAUUUCAUACCGUCAUCUGGUAUCUGCGCAAAAGGCUCAAGCUCCAAGAGACAGACAGCGUCUUUUGCUACGUUAAUGACUCCUUCGCACCCUCUCUCGACGAGAUCGUUGGCAACCUGCAUAAUGUAAGUAACAGACGGCUCGCACAUCACUGCCACGCUUGCUGACAUGUGGUAACAGUGUUUCAAAGACUCAAGCGGACA